AUGCUUUUUGGGCUGUCACUGGCAUUGAGAAAAGUGGAUCCACCGGGCCUGCGACUGGGUUACAGCACGCGCAUUCGCAUCGGUUCAAGAUGCAUUGAGCCGCCGCCAAUCCUCCCCCGCGGCGUCAUUUGGACCUUGAAAGCCUUAGGAACCACCAAUUCGGGGGGUCCUCCUCUCUGGGCAGCCCCUCCAAGCGACCAACAAGCCCCUCAGCAAGCAGCGAGCCGCAACCCGCCUGCCUUGCCUGGGCUGCUCCUCGAGCCGCCGACUGACAACUUCUCCUUCGCUCAACUUCUCCCUUUUCCUUCGUCGAGCCACUUUCGCCUGGGCUUCAUCCUCCUCCAGCCCAUUCGAUCGCCCUUCAAAAUGGCUUCCAGCUUUGCUUCCAAGCGGCUGGCCAAAGAGUUGUCCAAGGUUCGUAACCUCACGCCCAGCUCGCUGCCUCAACCUCUCAACUCUGGCCUGCCUCCCGGUAUCGAGCUCAUCUCGGCCGACAACUUCGAAGAAUGGAUCAUGGACAUCAAAGUCUUGGACGACAACCCGCUGUAUAAAGACCAGGUUUACAGGCUGAAAUUCAAGUUCUCCCAACAAUAUCCCAUAGAACCCCCAGAGGUCACCUUCGUCAAGACCACCGAGCGACCGAUUCCCAUGCACCCUCAUAUCUACUCCAAUGGCAUCAUCUGUCUCGAUUUGCUCGGCAGCCAAGGCUGGAGUCCCGUACAGAACGUCGAGAGCGUCUGCAUGAGUAUACAGAGCAUGUUAACAGGCAACGAAAAGAACGAGCGGCCGGCGGGAGAUGACGAGUUCGUUCGGAGCAAUCGCUUGCGCCCUAGAGAUAUUGACUUCUACUAUCACGAUAACACCGUUUGA